AUGGCGGACGAACACGAGAAUGACUAUAUGGAAGAGGAAGAUGCGUUCAAAACGCCACAGCUCGUGAAAAAGAGCAAAAAGAGGAAGAACAAGUCAACAAGCGAAACAGAGAAUCACGACGAAGAAGACGACGCCGCGACUAUCGACAUCACUGUCAAACAAAUCUCCGAGAAGCCAGAUAGAAUCCCUCCGAUCGUCGCUUAUUUCGCUUCGCCAUACGAUCCUUCUUCGCAAUCCGACGACAGAGAAUCCCCGAACGUCACUGUUUACAGGCACAAGUCAGAGGCUAAGAAGAGGCUUCAGGUCGUCGUAAGCCCUCCUGGCUCAAACGUGGAGUUCGUCGGCUCCAAUUACACCGGCGAGCAAGCUGCUAGACAGACUUGCGUGUACACACUCGGCGUUCUCGAUAAAGAAGCUCAGACUUUGAGAAUCCUUCCGAUUGCUCACAAUAAGGUAUUCAGAUUGGAGCCAAGAGUUAAAAUCAAAGAAGCAGUCGAUUCAGAAGCUGCAGAAAGUGCAGUCACGACGGAGCUUAGCGAGAAGGAACGUGCUAUGAAAGGAAGAGAGAAACUUAACAGCAAGUUUGGUACUAAGUCAGCUAUUAAUCGGGACAAGAGGAAGAAGGCCUUAACUCUUGGAGCUGAUCCUGAUGCUCUGGAUUCCGAUGAACGUAAACUCACCGAAGCAGAUUUAAACACAAGUGCUCUUGAAAGCACCGAUGCGAAUGUUUCACGCAACAUUCCUCCUCAUGAUGUCUCUGCUACGGCUCCAGAAAAAGCUUACCCUAUUGAAAAGAUCAUCGACACUGGAGAAUGGAAAUUCCUUCAAGAUAUUUACGACCCUGUGGAGGACGUGAUUCGAACAGCAACGGAUGAAUACCCUCUCUUUGUCCGCAACAGAUUGGACAAGCUGCGAGGUAUCAAGAACAAGACCGAGAAGGAUACUGUUGCUGUUGUGUUAUCGCUCCUAACCCAUCUGGUGAAGUUCAAGGACUUGAAUUCAAUGGAUGGUUUCAGCUCGGCUAAGAACCACAAGUUUCCAGGAAUCAUCCGUCAGAAAUGUAAGAGGUUGUUCAAGGAUUCUGACGAAGGGAGGAUGCCUCAUGACAAGAUCAACCUUCUGAUAAGCUACGUUCUUGUGCUCGCUCUCCACGUGGACGACUUCAAGACCGACCCGGAAGACAUUGCCAAGGAUCUGAGGAUUAGCCAAGUUGAACUCAGGAAGCAUUUUGAGAACCUUGGCUGCAAAUACUCUCAUAGUAAGAAGUCUAAUGUUGUUUUCAACUUGCCUGUCCCUCUCAAGUUCCCUCAGAUUAUGCGGAAAAGGAAACGAUAG